AAGAAAGUUGCAAAAUAAAAUUUUUGAGUAAAUUGAGACAAUUAUCAUUUCAUUGUAUAUCAUUUUUGUGACAUUUUUGUUUGGUAGUGUGUCGUGAGAUUUUUCAAAUAUCAUUACAGGUACAGUAUAUGUCCCUGUACUGUAGGUAUCUCUGCCAUGUCCGCCGUGACCAAUCAACCGCUUCCCUAUGGCCGACUGGAGCGAGAGAAUCACAUUCGCAUGAUCUUCCGAGCCUUCCAGAACAAAUGCAGUCCUGUGUGCGAGUGCCACCCUCACUCACCCAGAUGCAAACCUCUCCAAAUGUCUGGCAAACUGGUCCCAGGUCUGCUGAGGAGCGAGGAGGGUGCAGGAGGCUCGUCAAACUCUUUGAGUGUCUUGGAUGAAGUCAGUCAGUUUCAUAUCAAUGCAAGACCACAACUUCAGGGUCCACAGUGUGUUCCACAGAGGAUCUACAGCAUUGGCACAGGAGCCAGCAGAUCACAAUUGUUUGUGGCUGUGGAAGAGAGUUCAUGUGUGUGCCUUCAGUGUUGUGGUCCAGCUCGGUCUUGCUCCUUGCAGGGCUUCGACCACCGAGGGCAGCAGGUUUUCUACUUCGACAGACCUCUCAGGAUUGACGCCUGCUGCCUGGGCUGCUGCCUCAUGGAAAUAAGCGCCUACACGGGUCAGAAGCAACUCAUUGGCACCGUGCACCAAAGGUGGAGCAUGUUCACGCCUCUUUUUGAAGUCAAAGACUUCCAGGGAUUGUCUGCGGUCCGAAUUCAGAGCGCAUGUUGCCCUAGCCGCUGCUUGUCAAAUCAGCAAUUCCAGAUCGUCUCCAAUAUCGGUGAGAAUAUUGGUACCAUAUGGAAGAAGUGGCCUGGCUUUCAGCAAGAGCAUAACAUGGACCAUGAAUACUUCGGGAUGGAGGUGCCACUUGACAUGGAUUCACAAACCAAACUGUUGCUACUGGCAGCCACAUUCUUACUGAAUUACAUGUUCUUUGAGAUGAGCUGAAGGAUGACGAAUCAUGGGUAAAGUGGACAAUCGUUUGACAGUACAUCGGUGCCUUCAGAUAUGAAUUUAAUUCGUUCUGUGACCAUGCUCUUAUCCCAAAACACUGCACAACCAAAUGCAAUUAACACAUAGUAGUACAUUCACGUGCUGUGCCUUUAAAUGUGUGCUCUCUCUCUCUCUCUCCCACACUCACUUUACCCCUGCCUCCCACCUUCAUGAGCUUCUG